GUUGGCCCCACUUUGGCUGCUGGUUCUGAGUAUGAGACAAAAAGCCCGUAAUUCUUGUGUUAUAAAUUAGAAAGUGAUUAGGGUUUGUCUUGUAGCGUAGUGAGUUCAAGGUUUUCCUUUGUUGUUUCUGAUCAACCCCAACAAUGUCGAAGAGAGGUCGUGGUGGCUCUGCCGGUAACAAAUUCAGGAUGUCACUUGGUCUCCCGGUGGCGGCGACAGUGAACUGCGCCGACAACACCGGAGCUAAGAAUCUCUACAUAAUUUCCGUGAAAGGUAUUAAGGGAAGAUUGAACCGUUUACCUUCAGCUUGUGUUGGUGACAUGGUGAUGGCUACUGUGAAGAAAGGAAAGCCUGAUCUUCGUAAGAAGGUGCUUCCUGCUGUCAUCGUUCGUCAGCGUAAACCAUGGCGCCGAAAGGACGGAGUAUUCAUGUACUUUGAAGAUAAUGCUGGUGUUAUUGUGAAUCCCAAAGGUGAAAUGAAAGGUUCUGCUAUUACUGGUCCAAUUGGAAAGGAGUGUGCUGAUCUAUGGCCUAGGAUUGCAAGUGCUGCUAACGCCAUUGUUUAAGUUGAAUUUCUAGUAUUCAUAAGGGUUUUGUUUCUGCUGUUUGGGGUUGUCUUUGGUUUUGUUUUAAGUUGAAUCUUUUUCAAAGUGAGUCAGUGACUGAGUUUAUGGUUUACAAGUUCUUAAUUUCUCUGUAUGAGAAGUAUUUUGAAGAUUUUAAUAUAAGCUAUUACGUUUGUUUA